AUGAGUACGUGGUCUUCCUCCACAGGAGUUGUGCCUUUUGCCAAUCCUACUGGUCACGAACAAAGAAAAACACCAUCACCUUCCAUGGUAGGUCGCAAAUUCUUCGAUCCUGUACUCGUCAUUCCUAGUUUUGCAAUGAAGUCUCCAACAACGAAUGUACAAGGACGCUGCGAACCUCUUCCUCCAACCCCUCAUAAAAUGUGUCCAAUUCGGAUUCAUCAGCUUCUGAUGUUGCUAGACUUACGAUUCGGAAAAGUUGGAAUGUCGGGUGUGUCGAACUCUUCCUCAGCUCGGAAGACAAUAUCGGAGGAUGUACGUUGGUUGUGCAUCGCAGAUCGACGCCCAGAGUCACCUCCACGCCACUAUGAAGCGGCGCAGCGUUCACGAGCAAUGAAUGAAGAAACGUAUAAGCCGUUGUGGUUCGAGCAGAAAGAUGACGACUUCACCAAAACAAAGAUAUUCAUAUCUACGGGGAAAUACUGGGAAGCGAAGCAAACAAAAUUUGAGCAACAAAAAAGAGAAAAUGCGUUUAUUCCUAUAUUUAACGUGUCGAUUACCACCUAG